GAGAAAAGAUGCGUCCCAGAGUCGCGGGCCCCCACUCUGGUGCGUGCGGACCGCGGAGUUCAGCAGGUGAGCCGCCGCCGGGCCGAUGGUGGGACUGGGCCCGGCUCCCGCCGCCUCCUGCGCCUCCGCCGGAGCUGCCGGGCCCCCGCCCCGGACUGUCAAUGGCAGGAUACCAGCUCUGGUCACCAUGGACCCCACUGGACGAGAGCUUCCAAUGGCUGCGGCAUACGACACCUACACCUUCCUCCAAGCACCCCUUCAGGGCCUCCCCCUGUUUCCCACACACCCCUUCUGACCUUGAAGUGCAGCUGUGUUUUCAAGAGGUCACUCUGGUCCUAGACAGCCCAUUCCUGGAAACUACGGUGAGUCCCAAGUUACCGCAUCAUACGUCAGAGCUCCGAACGAUGAACUGUAAGAAAGGACUGGUCAGGAAGCCCCAGCCUGUCCGCCUCAGGGGAGUGGACUCUGUCUUUGGCAGGGUCAUCACGGCCCAACCUCCAAAGUGGACUGGAACCUUCAGAGUUUCCGACAAGUCGGCCUUCUGCAAAAUCAUCAGCAGGGAGCACCAGUGGCCCACUGGGCUGAAGGAGCCUCAGAUUCAGAUGACGGUGACGAUGUGUAAACAGAUGCUACGCUCCAUCCUCUUGCUGUACGCGACCUACAAGAAGUGCACCUUUGCCCUGCAGCACUCCAAAUAAAGAGCCUCUGCAGUGCCCUCUGGUGUG